AAUCUUCAAUUGCAUUUGGUGGGUAGCGGUUCGAGUGAUAUUUGUAGAUUUCAAAAAAAUAAAAUUUUAUUAGAAUAAGACAAAAUUUAAUUAAAUUCUGUGUGUAUUUUUUCAAAAUAGUGUUGUUGAUUUUACUCCAACUGCCGAAAAUAUGUCUGAAGCCAAAUUAAUUUCGGGUACACAAGUGGCCAAUGAAAUACGUGAAUCUUUAAAGCAACAGGUGUUAGAAUUGAAAAAUAAAUUACCCAAUUUUGCUCCCGGUUUACGUAUUGUUCAAGUCGGCGGUCGCGAGGAUUCCAAUGUUUAUAUUCGCAUGAAAAUUAAGGCUGCCAAUGAAAUUGGCAUUGCUGUUGAACAUGUUAAAUUGCCAAGUACUACAACAGAAUUGGAAUUGUUAGAUAAG